AUGUCCACCCUCAAGUUUGCGCCUUGGCUGAGUGAUGUCGACGUCCAGUUCUAUGCCGCCCUAGCACAUAUCAAGAUCAACCAUGACAGGCUCGACGAUUCCGCGCGUAAGGUGCUCGGCUUGUAUGAAGUUCGUCCUGGAGAGCAUUCGUCGCGAUCUAUGCGCGUGCAGAUACACCCCAAUGCCCUGACUUCAGACGACACCCCUCCGACUUUCUGUCGCGCCGAAGGCAUCAUCAAGAACUGCAACACCAUAGAAGACUACAAGAACCUCGAUCGCGCCGCCAUACUCGAACGAUGCGCCCAAACCAUAUGGGACGCCAUACACGACGGCUCCAUAUACGAAUGCCCCUCUCUUCUCUCCUCCUUCACAGCCAUAAUAUUCGCCAACCUCAAGAAAUACAAGUUUACCUAUCACUUUGGCUUCCCUGCCAUACAAUCCGACCCACCGUGGAAACAAAUAGGAGAGGCUACGAGGCUGCAGGCCAGAGAGACUACAUACCUGGUGGAUGCGGUACAGACGUGGCGCUACAGCUCUGAUGUCCGCCAAAGAGGCUUCUUCCUAGCAAAGCGCAUACAAGGAGGGGGCGACCCAGAGGAGAGGCCAAAAACACCAGUCUCGCCACUCGAAGAGUUUGGAUAUAUCUGGGCUAUAGGUAGACUCGAGGCCUAUGAAAAGGGCUUCUUCGACAAAGUCGAUGGUCGCGAUCGCUUCAUAUGUUUCGCAGACCCCUCUACCUACGAAUCCAACCCUGGCUGGCCUCUCCGCAAUCUCCUCGUCUUGAUGCGGCAUCGGUGGCAUCUGAAUGAUGCUCAGAUUAUGUGUUAUCGCGACACCCAUACACGGCGCGACCAGCCCAACUCUCUCAUCCUACAACUACGUGCAGACCCAACUCCCGAUGCGGCACCCACCUUGGAAGCACCAGAAAGUCGCCCACGGACGCCAAAGCUACCCAAAGUGACGGGCUGGGAACGGACAGAAGCUGGCAAGUUGACAUCGCGGAACGUGGACCUGUCUGAAUACAUGGACGAGCGCAAACUCGCUGACCAAGCUGUCGAUCUCAACCUAAAGCUGAUCAAGUGGCGCAUAGCUCCCACCAUCGAUCUGGAUGUCAUCAAGAAUUGCAAGUGUCUACUGCUCGGAGCGGGAACACUAGGCACAUAUGUGUCAAGAAUGCUGAUGGGAUGGGGUGUGAGGAAGAUUACGUUCAUCGACAAUGCAACAGUCAGCUUCUCGAACCCUGUACGGCAGCCUCUCUUUAACUUUGAUGAUUGCCUGAAAGGUGGCGCGAAGAAAGCCGAAAGAGCGGCAUCGGCUCUGCAAGAGAUCUAUCCAGGCGUCGAUGCGACCGGGCACGUAAUGGAAGUACCCAUGCUGGGUCACCCGAUGACUGACAGCGCCAAGACGAAGAUCGAGUUCGAGAAGCUGCAGAGGUUAAUCAGUGAGCACGACGCCAUCUUCCUGCUUAUGGAUACACGAGAAAGCAGAUGGCUACCAAGUCUCAUGGGCAAGGCUUACGGAAAGAUCGUUCUCAAUGCCGCGCUAGGCUUCGAUACUUAUGUCGUCAUGCGACAUGGUCUAAAGGCGACUCAAGAGGGAGAAGUAGAGCUAGGAUGCUACUUUUGCAACGAUGUUGUUGCACCCGCAGAUGCAAGUAACUACACAUCAGUCUGA